AUGGCGUCUCCACCGCCCCUGGCAGCGCCGCUGCCCUUCGUGACGCUCAGCGACGACGGCAGCUUCGACAUCGCGCCGGAAGCCGUCGAGUACCUGCAGCAGAUCCGCGGCGACAUCGCCGUCGUGGCCAUCGCGGGCCUCUACCGCACGGGCAAGUCGUACCUGCUCAACCUGCUGCUCGGCCGCGACCAGGAGAGCGAGAUGUUCGACGUGGGGGCCACCGUCAACGCCUGCACCAAGGGCAUUUGGAUCUGGGGCCAGCCCGUAGCCAGCCAGAGCCGCCACCCGGCCUUUAAGCACCUUAGUAAAGACACCACCAUCGUGUUCAUGGACACGGAGGGACUGGGCUCCACCCAGCGCUCCCAGACGCAGGACACGAGGAUCUUCGCGCUGGCCCUGCUGCUCUCCUCGAUGUUCAUCUACAACAGCAGAGGAGUUAUCGACGCCAGCGCCAUUGAAGACCUGUCUCUGGUGGUGAACCUGACCAAGUACAUUCAAGCGAAGGCCCACGCAGACGAGAAGAAGGACGACGGUAGUGACCUGUCAGUGUUCUUCCCAGACUUCCUCUGGGUUGUGAGAGACUUCACACUUCAGUUGCAGGAAGACGGCAGGAAGGUGACGUCGAGAGACUAUUUUGAAAGUGCUCUGAAGCAGCAGCCUCCGUUGACGGAGGAGGUGGUGCAGAAGAACAAGAUCCGGUCGCUGCUGUCCACGUUCUUCCCAUCGAGAGACUGCGUGACGAUGGUGCGCCCACUUAGUGAUGAAGCGUUGCUCAGAGAGCUCAUCAGACAGCCCUAUGAGUCGUUGAGACCCGAGUUCCGCGAGCAGAUGGGCGUGCUGAAAAAUAAGUUAGCGCUGUUGCUGAAACCCAAGACGAUGAUGUCCAAGGUGUUGAAUGGUGCGAUGCUGCUCUCGUUGACGGAGAAUUACGUUGCAGCUUUCAACAGUGGAUCGAGUCCGGUUAUCACGUCGGUGUGGGAUCGGGUUUUGGAAUCUCAGUGUGAUCAGGCGCUGGAGUCGGCGAAACAGGUUUUUGAGACAACUAUGAACGAUGCCAUCGCCGAAAAGAGAGGAUCGGUGCUGGUAAUUCAAGUGAUGCGAGCACGUGCACUCGAUGAUGCUGAUGUAAUUGCCGCAUAUGAAGUUGCACGUGGCGCAGCAGAGAAGGAGCUCGUCCAAGAAGACAUCGCAGCGUACUCGUCUAUUGAGUCGUAUUUGCUCCAGCUUGCGGAUUAUUCCCUCGAAGUUUUACAGUCCAAGUAUACAGAAAAUGACGCGGUGUCGACAGCGUACAACAAGGAGCUGCUUCAGGAGCUGUAUCAACCUGCAGACGAUAUCCUUGAUGACCCCGCUUCAGCGAUCGGAAAUGGAGCCCAGGUUUUGCAAGAUCAGCUUGCAGCCUCUCGCGACCAGCUAGAAUCGGUUGUGGGACAAUAUAACGCGCGAGCAUUGGGUCCCUGCAAGAGCUCGGUACUCAACAGCUUUCUCAUGGACAAAAUGGUUGCUGGUAUCUUCGAGUGGAGCACGAUCGUGAAAAAGUUUUUCCGGGCAAACGAGUCGAAGCUGGUGAUGGACAUCGCUGCAACACAACAGAAUUUACGGUCAAUUGAAGCUAAAGUCCGUGUAGCACAAGAGAUGCUAGCUCAGCAAAAAGAGUCGUACGAGAGAGCUGUGCAGUCGAUCAACGAGCGCAUCACGAGCGAGCGGAGCACUCUUCAGGACGAGAUUGAGAACAAGCAAGCUGAAAUUGAGCGGACACGUCUGCAAGUUGAGCAGUUGACUGGUCUUCAUAAAGAGGCCCUUGAUCGGUUAGACUUGCAAAUUGAAGAAGCAAAGGAUGAACGGAAGCGUCUGGAGGUCGAUGUUCGUGACGCUGAAGCUCGCCGAGAGAGUGAGCGGCAGGAAGCACAGCGUCAGUUGUUGGAGAACGAACGCAACUUCCACAAUGAAGAAAAGGGCUUGCUUCAAGGCCAACAGCAGUUUCUUCAAAAGGUUCUCGAGUUGGAACGGCAGCUUGGUGAACAAGAUACCGAUCAGAUUGCAGAGCUGUAUCGUAUUGACAAGGAAAACCAGGAACAAGUUUCCCAGCUGACCCUUCAGUACCAGGACGAGCAGGAAGAGCUGAAAGAGGGCACAAUUCGGGAUAUCCGUGCGCUGAAAAACGAGCAAGACGAUGAAAUGAAUGUACUCCGAGGAAAUUUGGCCGAAAAGAAGGAGCUUGUUGCUAGCCUUCGUCAACAGUUAAAUGAGAAGGAGGCAGCGGCUGCGCGAAAGAAAGCUAAGGCGAAUCAACUUUUUGGUGGAGAGGAAUGUGUCGUCCAGUAAAACUUAACAGUCCGAAGUAAAAGAGUUUUAUUUCGGGCGUUUGUGAGCGCAUGA